AUGAACAGCGACUAUCUCGGCCCUAGCUGGAGACAGCGGGAGCGACAACAGAAGCAACACUUUACUUACCAUGGCCAGCCAUUUGCCAGCCUGUGGGUCUGCCUGCUGCUGCUGCUGCUGCUGGGCAACAUCUGCGGCUCUGGCGCCCAUUUGCACAAAUGGAAUAUCUUGCAAAAGAGUUUUCGCUACAUGCAGGAGACGAUGCUGAGCAACAGCUUAGAGCGCGCUCAUCUCAAUCAUGGCAUUGUGUUUGAGUGCCGCACUAUCUCCGACGCGAACCUGGGCGACGAGGUCCACUUCCAAUUGCAGCUCGGCGACCUGCGAGGCUUUCGACGCUUGGAUGCCAGCAAGAAGCUCGCCUUAUUCCUGCACGGCUGGAACGAUCAGGGCAGCAAGGACUGGGUGCAGGAGCUACUACUGACUUGGACGCUGUUUGAUGAGAACUACAAUGUGUGCGUCGUGGACUGGGGCAAUCUGUCGCAGAAUGACUAUAAGAGCGCUUCGAUGUCCAUAUUCGACGUGGGCCUGACCGUUGCGGGCAUCAUCAUUGCCUUGGAGGAAAUGCGACCGCAAAGCUUCAAUCGGCAGAACGUGACCUUGGCUGGGUAUAGCCUGGGCGCUCAUGCAGCGGGCUAUGCGGGCGCCGUGCUGGGCGGUCAGGUGGAGCAGAUCAUUGGCCUGGAUCCAGCUGGGCCGCUGUUCACGUUGCCCGCCGAUGUCCAUCCCAAGUACAGGCUGGACAAGACGGACGCCCAGUUCGUUCAAGUGCUGCACACCUCUGGCGGCACGCUGGGCACGAGCCUUAAGUGUGGCCAUGCCGACUUCUAUCCGAACGGAGGACGAGCUCCGCAGAGCAACUGUCUGAUGUUUAUGAAUCUGCGCGACAUGCAGAACACAAAUCCCAUUGCCUGCAGCCACUCGGCGGCUGCGAUCUUCUUCCGGCAGUCAAUGGAUCCGCAGUACCCCUUCAUCGGCUACGAAUGCGGCAGCUAUCGCGAUUACUCCGCUGGCCGUUGCGUCAACAAUCGCCGGGCCAUGUUCGGCAUCCACUCACGGCGACGGCUACAGGGCAGCUUCUACUUCGACACCAGCUCGAGCUAUCCCUACGUGCAGCAACAGCGUCCGCAACGCUUCUGGAAUUGGAUUUGGGCUAGACGAAGCAAUUACAUUAGCAGCAGCAACAACGGCCACGGCCAGGCCAUGGACGCUCAGGUGGCGAAGGCGCAGUCGUGGGCGCCAUCGCUGCCCGUUCAGAUGAGCCCAAUGCAGAGAGCGAGACAGAGGAGGGAGGGAGUAGAGCGGAACUAG